AUGGAUCACCUCCGCGACAAAUUUUCAGACACGAAGCUUCACGAACCUGGCGGCAAGUUUCACUCUACAUUGGCCAAAGCAAGCCACCUGAAGCACAAGAUCGGCAAGAUCAAGAACAUCAUCAAUCCGAACCAUCGUCAUGAUGAGGAACACGAGAAAGAAACUGACGCCAAGAGAGCCGCCUAUUGUGAAAGUCAUCGUUUCGAAUCUUUCUUCCCUGAGCGGGAUAACAACAAGAUCAAAUGGUAUGUCGACGGACGCGAUUACUUCUGGGCUGUUUCCGCCGGUCUCGAGAGUGCCAAAGAGACCAUCUAUAUCGAAGACUGGUGGCUUUCGCCUGAACUCUUCUUACGUCGCCCGCCAUUCUUUUGCCAGGAAUGGCGUCUGGAUCAAUGCAUCAAACGUGCUGCCGAGCGUGGUGUCCAGAUAUAUGUCAUUGUCUACAAGGAGGUCCAACAAGCCUUGACCUGCAAUUCUGCUCACACCAAACAUGCUUUGCAGGCACUGUGCCCAGAGGGCUCUCCAGGGCAUGGCAACAUUCACGUGCUCCGUCACCCGGACCACAAUGUGUUUGAGAAUCUUGGAGACAUGACAUUUUACUGGGCUCAUCAUGAAAAGUUCAUCGUGAUUGACUAUCAUCUUGCCUUCAUUGGUGGGCUAGAUCUGUGUUAUGGAAGAUGGGACGUGCGCCAGCAUCUCCUUGCCGAUGUGCACCCAUCAGGAGUGGUCAACGAAAUUUUCCCUGGACAGGACUUCAACAAUAACAGAAUCAUGGACUUUCAGACAGUCCAAGAUUGGUCCCACAACGAAUUGAACAAGACCGAGUACGGCCGGAUGCCCUGGCAUGAUGUAGCUAUGGGGUUGGUUGGAGAAUGUGUUCUUGACAUCGCCGAACAUUUUGUUCUGCGGUGGAACUUUAUCAAGCGAGACAAAUACAAACGGGACGACGCUAUCGACUAUCUAUGCUUAACAACUCGAGCAAGAGCAGACGGCUCGAAUCCCGACGAAGACCUACUCUCGAUCCAACGACCCAAAUUCCCAUGUGGCGAGUAUAUCGAACAUCCACUUAGUCCCCUCGAGCACAAAGGCCUCCAAAAUGCAGGAACAGUACACGCUCAAAUUGUUCGAAGCAGCGACGACUGGUCCAGCGGAAUCCUGAACGACCACAGCAUCCAAAAUGCCUACGCCGAAGUCAUCGAGAACGCUCAGCACUACGUAUACAUCGAGAACCAGUUUUUCAUCACGGCCACAGGCGAAGAGCAGGCCCCAGUCCACAACACAAUUGGCCGGGCCAUCGUCAACGCAUGCGUGCGCGCAGGCAAAGAAGGGCGCAAAUUCCGCGUCAUCAUCAUAAUCCCCGCAAUCCCAGGUUUUGCCGGCGACCUACGCGACGACGCAGCCAUCGGCACGCGCGCCAUCAUGGACUACCAAUACAAGAGCAUCAACCGCGGCGAGCACAGCAUCAUGGGCCAGAUCGCGAAAGCGGGCCUCGACCCUUCGAAAUACAUCUUCGCCUUCAACCUGCGCGCGUACGACCGGAUCAACAGGACGCCCAGGCUGAUCCAGCAGGAGAAAGAAUCCGGAGUUUCAUACCAAGAACUUCAGCGAGCCGAGGCUGAGGAAAUCAUGGGCACCGGCAUCCACGGGUACGAGGGCGAGAAGAAGGAAAAGGACUCCCGCGGCGGCGGUCGAGGAGACAAAGUCAGCGAAGACGAACGUCACCGCACGAUCGACCGCAAGCGCCAAUUCGAAGCCUCCCGCAAGAACAUUGACGUCGAAGACCCAGUCACAUCAACCGAUUCGAUUGCCGAGGACGCGCUGGCACGCGGCGGUCUGGUCAGCGAGGAGCCAUGGGAAGGCGAGCCAGAAGAGGAAAAGGCCAACUUCGUGCAAGAAGAGCUGUACAUCCACGCCAAACUCCUAAUCGUCGAUGACCGCACCGUAAUCUGCGGGUCAAGCAACCUCAACGACCGCUCUCAACUGGGCAGCCACGACUCGGAGCUCAGCAUCGUCAUGACAGACAGCCGCGUCCUCGAAACGACUAUGGACGGCAAACCGUUCCAAGCAGGCCACCACGCCGCGACGCUCCGUCGACACCUCUGGCGCGAGCACCUCGGUCUAAUCGAGGCUCAAGAGGUUGAUGCGUCAAAGGACCCCAACGCCCAGCCGCCGACCGAGUGCUUGAACGACGAUUACUCGGGCCAAGAAGAGUAUGAGUUUGUCGCCGAUCCCCUUGGCGACAAGGUUUGGGAUCUGUGGACGCAACAGGCGACUACCAACACGGAUAUCUAUCGGCAUUUGUUCCGCGCCGACCCAGAUAACCAUAUCAAGACGUGGAAGGACUACGACGAGUUUGCACCACGCCACGCCAAUUUCAAGCAAGGCCAUCUGCAUGACCCGCAUAUGCCGGCCGACUUGGUCCGCAAGGAACUCGACAAGAUCCGUGGCCAUCUCGUGUGGAUGCCUCUGGAUUUCUUGUGCAAUGAGAACAUGGCGGAACGAGGAUUGCAGAUUAAUUCGUAUACUGAGAGCGUGUAUGUUUAA